AUGGAGAAUCUGCCUCAAGCUGGUGAUGCCCAAGGAGGCAUUGAUCCAAGAGCUGAUCACCUUCGACCACAGCGCCAGCCACAACAUCCACCGCGACAAGCUCGCGCCAUUGGAGCCUAUGAUCAACCUCACAUUAAUGGUCAUAGGUUAGGAAUCAGAGCACCACCAGUGGAGAACAACAACUUCGAGAUCAAAUCAGGGCUGCUCAACACCAUAGAGAACAACAAGUAUCAUGAUGCUUUCAAGUUGAAGCUGUUCCCUUUCUCUUUGGGAGACAAGGCACACCAAUGGGAGAAGACUCUUCCAAGCGACACUGUCACCACUUGGGAUGAGUGUAAUAGAGCUUUCCUAGACAAGUUCUUCUCUACUUCAAGGACAGCUAAGAUCAGGAACGAAAUCUCUGGCAAGGAGAGUUUGCUUAGCACCUUCUACAGAGGAGCUCUACCACAGUGCAGAAACAUGCUUGACACUGCCAGCAAUGGUUUCUUCUUGGGGAGAACCGAGGAAGAGGCAGAGGAACUGGUAGAGAACUUGGCUAAGAGUGACUCGGUCUACAGUGAGGAGCAUGAUAGGGUCAACAGAAGUGAUGAUCAACAGACAAAGAAAGAGAUCAAAUCCUUGCAAGAGAAGAUGGACUUGUUUCUUUCCAACCAAGCUAAGCAAGAGCAGAUGAACUUUGUGGGUGGUUCUAAUCAAGAGGUUCCUCCCAAGAUCAAUGAGUACAACAACUACCAGCAAAGGUCCUACUCUAACAACCAGCAAGGAGGAUACCAACAGAAGCAAAACACUCAGCAAGGGAGCUAUCAACCUAGACAAAACACCCCUCCUGGUUUCAACAAUAACAACAAUCAGUCUACUCAGGCUCAAGGAAGUUCUUCCCAAGCUCCAGCUUCAGAUACAAGUGUGGAUGCAAUGUUCAAGAAACUCUUGGAUUUUCAGGCAAAGAAUGAGAAGACAAUGGGUCGCCAACAAGGGGCAUUACCUGGAAAGCCAGAGCAAAAUCCCAAGGAAACUAUGAAAGCAAUCACCCUACGGAGUGGUAAACAGUUAUCUCCAAGAAUUCUCACCAAGGAUGAUGAGAAGGUUGAUGAAGAGAUUCUAGAAAAGAUUGUUGAAGCUAAGGGUAAAGGAAAAGUUGGAGAAGAGAAGAGGACAGUGAAACAUGGUGAAACUGUUACUCCAACAAAGGACUCCUCUUUUGUUCCUCCUCCCUAUGAGCCAAGGCUACCAUUCCCUGGAAGAUUCAAAAGACAGCUAUUGGAGAAGUACAAGACACUCUUUGAGAAACAAAUGAGUGAAGUUCAGAUCAUAAUGCCCAUCAUUGAUGCUUUUAUGCUGGUUCCUCAAUACAGCAAAUUCUUGAAAGAUGCUGUAGCUACAAAGAAGAAAGAGAUGGAGGGCAUGAUGAUCCUUACCCACGAGUGCAGUGCCAUUAUCCAGAGGUUAGAUGUUCCAAGGAAGCUAGUGGAUCCAGGAUGUUUCACCUUACCUUGUGCUCUAGGACCCAUGAUUCCUAUAGGUAUUUUAGAAGACCUCCCCUUGAUGGUUGGUAACUUUGAGAUCCCUACUGAUUUUGUUGUGUUGGAGAUGGGGGAGGAAGCCCAAGACCCUUUGAUCCUUGGAAGACCAUUCUUAGCCACAGCAGGAGCUAUUGUGAAUGUUAGACAAGGAAAGUUUGAUCUUCAUCUUGGACAAGGGAACAUUCUCCACUUUGACAUCAAUGAAGUGAUGAAGAAGCCAACCAUCCAGAACCAAGUUUUCUACAUUGAUGAAAUGAAUGCUCUAGCUGAUGAGCUUCUAGAGGAGUUGGCACUUGAAGACUCUCUACAGCAUGCUUUAACAAUCGAGAGAGAAGUCCAAGUGAUUGAGAACAAGGAAAGUGAUGCCUAUGUGAAGAUGUUGGAUUCUCACAAGGGGAUUAGUGGUGAAGGUCAGAAUGAGGAGCUUACAUAUGAGGCUCACCAUGCUUCCUCGGCCACUCAAUAA